CCUCCGCCGCUCCCCCGCCGCCGCCUCGCCUCCCGGCCUCCCUGAUGCCGAGGGAUGGAUAGAGCGGCUGCCCUGCGAGCCGCCGGCAUGCUGGAGAGGAAGGAGCGGAGCGGCGGCGAGGCCGCGGGGCCGCGGGGCUUGCCGGCCGUGCGGAGCACGCUGCAGCAGUGCGGGCUGCUGCAGGACCUCAUCGACAUCUCACUCUCCAACCUGCGCGGGCUCCGCACCAAGUGCGCCGCGUCCAACGACCUCACGCAGCAGGAGAUCCGCACGCUGGAGGUGAAGCUGAUUGACUACAUCCACAGGCAGCGACAGUGCAAGCUGAGCGUGCCCCUGAGCGACCGCACCGCAGAGCUCAACAGCUACCCCCGCUUCAACGACUGGCUGGACAUCGUCAACGUCAGGAAGGAGGUGGUGCAGAGAAUACCAGAGGAGCUGACCCUGGAUGCCUUACUAGAAAUGAAUGAGUCAAAGGUGAAAGAAACAAUGAAGAGAUGUGGAGCCAGAGAUGAGGAGUGCUCCAGGCUCAACGGGGCCCUGAGCUGCCUGCGGAAGGUGACGGAGUCAGCAGGAGAGCCGAGGGACGAUGUGCCGAUGGCCCUUCCCGAGCGCCGAGACAGCUCCUGCUCGCAGCCGGAGCCCGCCCGGGCCCCGAGUGCCCCGGCCAAGGGCAGCCAGCAGCAGCCGCGCUCCGUGUCCGCGGUCCCGCCCUGCGAGCCGCCGGCGCCGAGCCACGGGCCCUGGCCCUCGGCGGAGACCCUGCUAGAGCCCAUCGUGCUGCCCGCGGGCGGAGGCAGGCCCAGGACUCCGCACAGCAUCACCGUCACCCCCCCGGCCACGCCGCAGCCCAAACGCCGGCACCGCCUGAAGCCGCCGCGGACGCCGCCGCCCCCCUGCCGAAAGGUGUUCCAGCUGCUGCCCAACUUCCCGACCCUCACCAGGAGCAAGUCCCACGAAUCUCAGCUGGGCAACAGGAUAGACGAAGUUCCUCCAAUAAAGUUCGAGCUCUCCCAGGGAUCCCCCCAGACGGUACGAAGAGACUUUGGCCUGGCUGUGACUCACAGGUUCUCGACAAAGUCCUGGUUAUCUCAGAUUUGCCAAGUGUGCCAGAAAAGCAUGAUGUUCGGGGUGAAGUGUAAGUACUGCAGAUUAAAAUGUCACAACAAAUGUACUAAAGAGGCACCUGCUUGUAGAAUAUCCUUCCUUCCCAUAACAAAAAUACGAAGAACAGAGUCUGUCCCAUCUGAUAUCAAUAAUCCAGUAGACAGACCCACAGAACCCCAGUUUGGAACUCUCCCCAAAGCACUAACUAAAAAGGACCAUCCACCAGCAAUAAACCACCUGGACUCCAGCAGUAAUCCUUCCUCUACAACUUCAUCCACUCCAUCUUCUCCAGCACCUUUCCAGUCUUCCAACCCUCCCAGUGCGACGCCGCCCCCGAACCCAUCCCCCAUGGGCCAGAGGGACGGGCGGUUUAACUUCCCAGCUGCCUACUACCUUCAGCAUAGACAACAGUUUAUCUUCCCAGAAAUUCCCAGUCCUGCACAAACAACACAGCUUCCAGAAACUGCUGCAGACACUAAUGCUGCCCAGCAGCUGGGCACGGGCGGAGGCACACGGGACGCACAGGUGGAGGAACCAGAGGCGAGUAAGUCGGAGCCCGAGGAUGACGAGGAUGAGGUGGAAGAUUUGCCCCACCGGCGGCCGCACCUGCAGGGGAUGAUCUACCGCAAACCCAGCCAGACCAGUGUGUACCUACAGGAGUGGGACAUCCCCUUUGAGCAGAUCCAGCUGGGGGACCCCAUCGGCCAGGGCCGCUGGGGCAAGGUCUACAAGGGCAAGUGGCAUGGGGAAGUGGCCAUCAGGCUGCUGGAGAUUGAUGGCAACAACCAGGAUCAUCUCAAGCUCUUCAAGAAGGAGGUGAUGAACUACAGGCAGACCCGACAUGAGAACGUGGUGCUGUUCAUGGGAGCUUGCAUGAACCCCCCUCACUUAGCAAUCAUUACCAGCUUCUGCAAAGGAAGGACGCUGCACUCCUUUGUGAGGGACCCCAAGAUCUCCCUGGACAUCAACAAAACCAGGCAGAUAGCACAGGAGAUCAUUAAGGGCAUGGGGUACCUCCACGCAAAGGGGAUUGUACAUAAGGAUCUGAAGUCCAAAAAUGUCUUCUAUGACAAUGGGAAAGUUGUGAUCACCGACUUUGGAUUAUUUGGAAUUUCGGGUGUGGUUCAGGAAGGAAGGAGGGAGAAUGAACUGAAGCUGCCUCAUGACUGGUUGUGCUACCUGGCUCCCGAGAUUGUCCGUGAGAUGGCCCCAGGGAAAGAUGAAGACAAGCUGCCUUUCUCCAAAGCUGCAGAUAUCUAUGCCUUUGGGACCGUGUGGUACGAGCUCCAGGCACGGGAAUGGCCCUUCAAGACCCAGCCUGCAGAGGCUCUCAUCUGGCAGAUUGGCAGUGGCGAGGGAGUGAGACAAGUCCUUGCCACUGUCAGCCUGGGCAAAGAAGUCAAUGAAAUCCUCUCGGCCUGCUGGGCCUUUGACCUCAGUGAGAGGCCCAGCUUCACUGUCCUCAUGGAAAUGCUUGAAAAACUGCCAAAACUGAACCGCCGGCUCUCCCACCCAGGGCACUUCUGGAAGUCUGCUGAGUUGUAGCUACUGGUGCAAUAACGGGCUCCACCUUGCAUGCUUCCAUGUGUCGUAUCCUAACCGGCAACUUGGACAAUCACCUUCCAUUAAAAAAGCAAAAACAAACCACGAAAUUAACCCAUGGACAAAAUCAACACUUUAUCCGAGUUCUCUCUGCCUUUCGCUUGGUGUGGGCUGUAGCUUCAAUAACCACUCCUGUCUGCGAGACCUUCCCACCUAACACCGGCCUCCUCUGCCUCUGGAGCGCUCCAGCAGCUGUGGCUCCUCCUGGCAAGGGCACAGGGACCUGCUCUGACUGACCAGGUGCACACCCCAGGCAGGGCCGGGUGUCCUGCCCACAGCUCAGGGCUGUCCCCAAACUGCUGCGCCUCGUGCGAGUCCCGCGAGGCCCCCGAGCCCCUCUGGGGCUGUGGCCUUACUGCUGGAGCUCUGUGGCUGCAGGUGACAGGGACAUUGGCACAGCGCUUGCAAAGCAGCAGGAGCUGAGGUCAGGCUCUCCCUCAGGCCCAGAGCCAGCACUGGAGCCAGGGUCACUUUUGUCAGGCCAGUUCUUGAGUGGAAAGAAGGAUGGUCCUUGCUCACCUUGGAGCAGCUGAGGGUCCUUUGCCCACUGAGAACCAGGCCAGGGCAGUGUCCAGAGCAGGCCCACGUGGGUCAGCAGGGACCAGCUCCAAGGCCGAGUAAAAGAGGAGGAAAGCGAGAGCACCUGCAGUUCCUCCCCGUGCAGAUGCAGUGCUUGCAGUGUUAAACUUUGCUUCUGUUUACAUCCCUGAUCAGGACUCAGUGUUGGGCCUUGGCAGUCACAGCUAGCACAGCAAACAUGUGCCUUCUAGAAAAGGUCUUUUUUCACUGGUUUGGAGGGGAGAGGACAGGGACAGAGGACAACACACACCAAGGGGGUUUCUGCUGUCUGGGGACAAGCUCCCACAUCUAUUCCCUGAUCCUGCUCAGGAAAGCUCUGAGCCGAAAGUGCUUCUGGCUCUGCCAGCAGUGUGAGAGCAAGGAGAGAAACGCCUUUAUGUGUUUGUAGAGCCUGGGGAGGAGCAAGCAAAUGGGUUUGGGUUUGUUCUGUUGGGGUUUCUUUACAUAUUCAUGUACCUUGUCAAAGCUCCCCUUUCUUACAAAGAAAACUCUUUCAGUUUUCCCUUCACUUCAAGGGAAGCAAGUGCCCACUGAAAACCAGUGUCAGGCUUCUAUCCACGGUAGAGACCUGGGAAAACUUCCUGCUCCUUCCCCUUGGGCAAAUCAGAUUGUGCAGUUUCUUCCCACUGAUGGGGUUUGCUUGAAAAACUUCAUGUGUUUGCAGCUGAAUUACUUGAACAUCUCUUGGGUGAUCUGGAGCGAUGCGAGAGCAGAACCAAACUCAUUUUGGCUCCAGUGGCAGGGUGGUAGCUUUCUGAGAUGAAUCAUCAGUAACUGUUUCCCCCUCCCUUCUCCUCUCCCUCCCCACUCUUCGCAGCAUUAACAGUAGCAAAGUUGUCCUCCGUUUUGAAAGAUUGGGCUUGGGAAUCCUGGAACCGAGUAACCCAAAGCUCUAGCCCGGUGUCCUUGUGCCCGUGCUGGCUGCCUGCUCCCACACAGCACCAGAAACCCUCCCUGGCUCCUCCACGCUGAGGCUGGUGCAGCCCCGCUGAAGACCAUCAGCUCAGCCCCGUGUCCUGCCUGAGCACCAGCAGUUAUUUAAACAAUGUUUACAUGAUACUUUUGUGUGAACUAUAUUUUUUUAAACAUAAUAAACAGUGAAUCGAGUUGAACUACAGCCAUUCUCAAAUAGCGCUGAAAAAGAGAAGAGCUGUUCCUGGUUCCUCCUUGUGUCCACGGUCAGUAGGAGCCACUCUCUGCCUUCAGAGCAGGGCCCCAGCAGUGGCACCGCAGUGACGUGGCUCCUGCGAGCUCUUUGCCUUCCAGAGGUCACUUCUCUCCAGCAGGUAGAGCCCAGCCUGCUGCACUGGGGUUUGCCCAAACCACCCAUUGUUUCAGCAGGGCUGCUCCAGCUCUGCACCACCCUGAAUUCAGCUCCACCAGAACAGAGCUGCUGCAGGUAGUGUCUGGCUCCCAGCUAAUGACUCAAGUGCUCUUCUCCACAGAACUUACACUUACAACCUGCUCCUUCUCAUACAAUCCCAGAGGAAUUAAGAAUUGCUGGCCUUAAAAAAUAAACUCAUGACUUGUUGCAGCUUUGCACAGGGAACAAAUUCUUCUUCUGAAGUUCAGGCACAAGUUUGAGUGCAGGGAAAGGCAAGAGUGACAGGACAAGGGAAAAGCUGUCCCUAAAUAAUGCAUUAACUGAGGCCUUGAUCCACAGAGCUUCAGAGCCCCUGCACACACACACAGUGUUCCCACUGCCUGCAACUGGCUGGCCACAUUUCAGCUUGCAAGUUGUUUGAGAAACAUAGGACUAAAGCAGUUGCUUUGAGGAAGAAAAUCUUGUAACCAAGAGGGCAAUAGCUGGGCCUGGAGGUUCUGCCUGACCACAGCUCAAACUUGUUUCAGAGGUUAGUUUUAAAGCUAAAACCCAUCCCCUCCUCCAGUGCAGUGUGGAGGGGACAGCCAGUGACCACACUGAGGUGACAGAUGCAUCAUCCCCCUUGGAAAUCAAUUGCAGGCCCUGCCAUCAGAGGCUCCCCUUUCCCCACCAUCAUCCCUGAGGCUCGGGGGGGAGCUCCCAGAUCCUCUGUGAGCAGGCAAAGCACCAGCCCUCAGUGCUGCCUGGUGCUAAGCAGCACAAAACAUGAGUUCUGUUGGGCAGAGAGCCUCAGUCCUGUGUGCAAGUCAGUUGUAGCUUCUUAAAAGUGCUGAUAAAGACUUUUAAAAUGUGUCUCAGAUCCAAAGGAAAAAUGGGUUUGGCAUGGCCAGGCACUGCAGAGCUGUCCUGAUCCCGUCCCCCUCAGGCUCUGCUGUUCUCACUAACGGUGUGUCAGCAGCCUGAAGCAGAAGCUGUUUUCCCCCAAGUGCUGCUUAAUUAAGAGCAGCACAACACAAACCCAAAGCAUGGAAAAAAAGGUUCUGCCCCUCAGCUGGAGCCCUGCCUUAGGGAGGGCAGGGCAGGAGCCGCUGCCGGCUGCAGGCCGGCCUUGGCUCAGUCUGUGUCGAGGGCAGCAGCGGCCUCGGGGUGCUCCUCGCACAGUUUUGGGGUGCAUUAAGCAGGCCCUGAGAGCUGGGACAGGCAGCAGGUCCCGUGUGGGACCAGAGGCCCGGCUGUGCACAGGCCCUGGCUCCUUGCAGCCCCAGACCGUGCCCUUCUGUUCCUGCGGGGCAGGUCAGGCCCUGGCUGUGCAGCCCCGAGCACGGGGAUGUGCCCGCGGCCCUGCUCCGGUCCCGGCUCCUUCACAGCCUCCCCCUAACGGGAACAUGGGGAUCCAGCCUGACCUUGCUGCUGCUGGGACAGCCUCGAGCUGCCCGCGAACUCAAAGCUCCUCCUCUGCCCCAGGGCGGGCUCCUUUUAGCUCUGGUCAGCCGGGGGCUCUGGGGCAGAGCUGUGGGGGCACCGAGCUGUCCCAGCCCCGCACACCAAGCGACAGCCCUGGCCCGUGUUUGUGUCACACGUCCCGGUGGAGCUGUCAAUGUGACAAUGCUGUGCAAUGCUGCUACAGGAGCCACGUGUCAGUAGUGAAUGUAAAUGGUCGUAACAUGGUGAACAUGGACACGUUUUCUUUUCAAAUGUGAUGUAAACUUUGUACAGUAUAAAUUUUUUUUAUAUUUUCUAUGAACUGAGUGUCUUCCAGAAUUGCUAUUAAAUUAAUUACGAAUUGUUAGAAUUAAUAUCAGUUUCUGUAUUAGUUUAUUCAACCAGGAAAAAAAAAAAAGUGCACUCUAUGCUACUGGAAUUCUGGAUAUGUAGGAAUCUUUUCAGUAAAUAAAUCUUUGGUGCGGAUAAAGCA